AUGGAGGUUGAUCAUCAUUCAAGGCAUGGUUCCCCUAACAAAGCCGGGGGAACAACCAAGUCAUUCUCCUGCCUCUACUGCUCAAGAAAGUUCCACAGCUCGCAAGCUUUGGGAGGGCAUCAAAACGCCCACCGGAAAGAACGAACGGCAGCCGGGAAAAGCCGAAGGGCAGUUUCGUCUUCUUCCUGCGACUACACGCUGAUGGCCCCGCCGCCUUUCAUAUUCUCCCCAAACUACCCUUUCGGCAUUUUCGGCAACUCGGGUUAUAUAAGCGCCGGCCACGGUGGCAGUUUCUGCCCCUAUGAUCAGGGACCAGCUCGGAUGAUAAACGAGUUGGGGCCGAACGUGGGGCCCACGUUCGAGAACGUUGUGGUCUACGAUGGUGGGAGGUACUUUGGUAAUGAGGUGUAUGAUGAGAAGGACAAUGGGGAUGGAGAGCAUGGGCAUGGGGAUUGCAAGAGCCAUAGCCUUGAUUUGUCUCUUCAUCUGUAG